GUGUCCCCUCCCACCUUUAAAUGUGUCUUAUCCUACACCUCUCUCUCUGUCUCUCUCUCUUUCUCUCUCUCUCUCUGUGUGUAUGUGUCUCUCUCCCUCUCUGUCUCAUGCUCUCUUUUUGUGUCUCUCUCGGUCUCUCUCACUCUGUCGGUCUAGCUCUCUCUCUCUCUCUCUCUCUCUCUCUCUCUCUCUUUCUCUUUUUUUCUCUCUCUCUGUCUGUCUGUGUCAUAUCAUGUUUCGUUGCUGUACUCGCGCUCUCACUGGGAUUACUAACGUCAAGUCCUGCGAUUCAUUAACAAAAUAACCCGAGGUGCAGAAGCGAGUGCCUGUCUGGGUCAUGGUCUAUCUCUGUCUGUCUUUCGAUUCCUCCCUGUUUCUUCUACAACCUCCGUCUUGUUUAUGUGUCUCUCCAUUUUUACCUGCUCUUUUUUUUGUUUGUUUGUUUGGGGGUUUUUUUUUUCAUCAUUUUCUCUUUCUCUUUCUCUUUUUGCCUCCUAUCAUUUUCUCUUUCAUUCUCUCUCUCAGCCUUUGGUACACAGGAGGAUUAGAAUUGCAGUGGGGGCUGGCUGUGUUGGCUGGGGCUGAAAAAACGCUGGUUUCAGCAGGCUGCCAUGCGGCAUGAAUGGACAGAGAGAGAGAGAGAGAGAGAGAGAGACACGAGAGGCAGACGGAAAGCUCACAGCUCAGCUUUGUUCGCGGUAAUCAGCAACAGCGAGCCCCAGCGCUGCCUCUCAGAGGUUAACUAAACGAGGCUUUUAUGCUAACACACGCGACACGAGCGGUUCAUCAUGUCCUCUACGCGGACUGGAUCACUGCCGCUCCGUCUGCUUUAGCAUCGAGGAAUCCCUGUCUCUCUCCUCUACGCUAGCAUGUGUAUCGGACAGAGAUGACGACAGGACACUAGCGGCUUGGGACUUGACAGAAACACAAUCAGCCUGGGAUUGUAACAGAGCAUUUCUUCUGCAUGGAGGAGUAACCUGAAUUUGUGAUAUUAUUCUUUUUUUUUUUCUUUUUUUUUUUAACCGGCGUGGAUGUGGACGGGGACAGGGGUGGGGGGGGUCGCGUUUUUUCCGCUGCACCUAUGAGGUCUGAGCGAAUGAGCCGCGUGUGUAUCGUCGUCCUGGAGGAGGUGGAGGACGAGGAGCCCUCCCCUCUGCUUUCCAAAACAGCGCAGGACCACGUUUCCCAGCAUUCACCUCCCGAAGCCGACACUCAGGAAGAGAAGCCUUCGUUGUUGAAAGCCAUCUUUAACGUGGAUCCAGAUGAAGUUCGGGCUCUCAUAUUCAAAAAGGAAGAUGUCAACGUCCAGGAUAGUGAGAAGAGGACUCCCCUCCACGCUGCAGCCUACUUGGGUGACGCUGAGAUCAUCGAGCUUCUCAUUCUGUCAGGAGCGAGAGUAAAUGCCAAAGAUAAUAAGUGGCUGACCCCUCUUCACCGUGCUGUUGCUUCCUGCAGUGAGGAGGCAGUCCAGGUGCUGUUGAAACACUCUGCUGAUGUGAAUGCUCGGGAUAAGAACUGGCAGACUCCACUGCACGUGGCGGCGUCUAACAAAGCGGUGCGCUGUGCCGAGGCUCUUGUCCCCCUGCUGAGCAACGUGAACGUGUCGGACCGCGCGGGACGCACCGCCCUGCACCACGCUGCCUUCAGCGGACACCUCGAGAUGGUGAAGCUUCUGCUGUCCAGAGGAGCCAACAUCAAUGCGUUCGAUAAGAAAGACAGGAGAGCUGUACACUGGGCUGCGUAUAUGGGUCAUAUGGAGGUGGUACGCUUGUUGGUGUCUCAUGGUGCCGAGGUGGUGUGUAAGGAUAAGAAGGGCUACACGCCGCUCCACGCUGCAGCUUCUAGUGGGAUGAUCGGUGUGGUGAAAUACCUGCUGGAUCUGGGUGUCGAGAUCAACGAACCAAACGCGUACGGAAACACUCCGCUGCACGUGGCGUGCUACAACGGUCAGGACGUGGUAGUGAACGAGUUAAUUGAAUCCGGUGCUAACGUCAACCAGGUGAACGAGAAGGGCUUUGCACCGCUGCACUUUACUGCUGCCUCUCGCCAGGGGGCGCUGUGCCUGGAACUGCUAGUGGGUAACGGAGCUGACGUCAACAUCAAGAGUAAAGAUGGGAAAACGCCCCUUCAUAUGGCCGCCAUUCACGGCAGGUUCUCCAGAUCUCAGGCUGUCAUUCAGAAUGGAGCCGAGAUCGACUCUGAAGAUAAGCAUGGAAACUCACCUCUGCACAUAGCAGCUCGAUACGGCCACGAGCUCCUCAUCAACACCCUCAUCAGCAACGGCGCUGACGUAGCCAAGCGGGGCAUACACGGCAUGUUUCCUCUUCACCUUGCUGCACUAAGUGGCUUCUCUGACUGCUGCCGGAAACUUCUGUCCUCUGGUUUGGACGUUGACGCGCCUGACGACUUCGGCAGAACGUGUUUACACGCGGCCGCGGCAGGAGGCUCUCUAAUGAAUUCAGACUGGUGGAAAUGUAAAUCACGAUGUCUUUCUGACUCAUGCAGAAACCUCGACUGUUUAAAUCUGCUGCUCAACACUGGAGCUGACUUCAACAAGAAGGACAGGUUCGGAAGGACGCCACUGCACUACGCCGCCGCUAACUGUAAUUAUCAGUGCCUGUUUGCACUCGUGGGCUCAGGGGCCAGUGUGAACGACACGGACAUGAAAGGCUGUAGCCCUCUGCACUACACCGCUGCCUCAGACACUGACGCCAAGUGCUUGGAGUAUUUAUUGCAUAACGAUGCCAAUCCAGGGAUCAGAGACAAACAGGGCUAUAACGCAGUGCACUACGCCUCAACCUACGGUCACCGCCUCUGCCUCGAAUUGAUUGCAAGUGAAACACCGCUGGACGUGCUUAUGGAGACAUCCGGGACCGAUAUCCUGAAUGACACUGAUGGCCAGGCUCCCAUCAGCCCUUUGCAUUUAGCAGCAUACCACGGCCACCACCAUGCUCUGGAGGUGCUGGUUCAGUCCCUGUUGGACCUGGACGUGCGGACGGUGCAGGGACACACACCGCUGGACCUGGCUGCCUUCAAAGGCCAUGUGGAGUGUGUGGAUGUGCUCAUCAACCAGGGAGCCUCCAUCCUGCUUAAGGACUACACACACAAAAGAACACCCAUUCAUGCUGCAGCCAUGAACGGUCACUCAGAAUGUCUCCGCCUCCUCAUCAGCAACGCCGGCCCACCCUCGGCCGUUGAUGUCCACGACGGGAAUGGACAAACUCCUCUGAUGCUGGCGGUGCUGAACGGACACACGGACUGUGUCUACUUCCUGAUCAGCAAAGGAGCCAAUGUGGGAGCCAGAGACAAGUGGGGCAGGACAGCUCUUCACCGCGGGGCGGUGACGGGGCACGAGGCGUGUGUGGAGGCGCUGUUGCAGCAUGGGGCCAGUGUGUGUUUGCGGGACAGUAAAGGGCGCACAGCCAUGCACCUGGCAGCAGCGUGCGGUCACAUCGGGGUGUUGGGGUCUCUGCUGCAGGCCGCACACUCCCAAAACACGGUGCCGGUCAUCAUGGACAGCUGUGGAUACACCCCACUCCACUGGGCCUGCUACAACGGUCACGAUACGUGUGUGGAGGCUCUGUUAGAGCAGGAGGCGUUCCACAGGAUGGAGGGCAACUCCUUCAGUCCACUCCACUGUGCCGUAAUCAGUGAUAAUGAAGGUUCAGCUGAGCUGCUGAUUGACACACUGGGUCCUGCCAUUGUUAAUGCUACGGACUCCAAAUCCAGGACGCCUCUACAUGCUGCAGCCUACACGGACCACGUGGAAUGUCUCCAGCUGCUGCUCGGUCACAACGCCCAGGUGAACGCCAUCGACGCUCUGGGCAAAACACCCCUCAUGAUGGCAGCUGAGAACGGCCAGACUAACGCCGUGGAGGUGCUCGUGAGUAAAGCGAAGGCGGACCUCACGCUCCAGGACGCGAACAAGAACACGGCCCUGCAUUUAGCCUGCAGCAAGGGGCAUGAAACCAGUGCCUUGUUAAUUCUGGAGAAGGUCACGGACAGGAACCUUAUCAACGCCACAAACACGGCUCUACAGACGCCACUGCACGUCGCUGCCCGUAACGGACUUGCGGUUGUAGUGCAGGAGCUGCUGGGAAAAGGAGCAAGUGUCCUGGCUGUGGAUGAAAACGGUUACACACCAGCUUUAGCGUGUGCACCGAACAAAGAUGUGGCCGACUGCCUGGCGCUGAUCUUGGCCACCAUGAUGCCCGUGUCCCCGGUCAGUACCGGCACCGUGCCGGGGCUCAACUUCAGCGCCAUAAACCACUACUGUAGCCCUUCCAAAGCUGUGACCUUCGACCCUUUACCCGGCCUGCGCUCGGGGCAUCCUUCUUAUUGCAGCUUCAACAGCCUGGGACGUGAAGACGGCCUCAUCGUUCACGAUGAAGAAUUCAACGACUCGGAUUCAGAGACUUACUGAGAACUUCGGACCGUCUCAGUGCUGAGGAUCGUUCAGUCCCCGAGUGCCUGGAGAUUGCUGAAGACGCUAACGCCAUGUCGCUGAAUCACAUUAAAGUGGAUUUAGCGCGGUGUCGUUCCUACGGAACGAGAAACGUGCCGCCCUAAGUUGAAGUACGUUUAACUGAAAUCUUAUUCCGUGCUUCAAGUUCGUCUGCAAGGUUGUCGUAAUAAUCAGGCGCAGAAAAUUUGCUGCACAAUACAUUUCCGAUUCAGACUUGUUCACUUUCCCGAACACUACUCUAUGGAGUUGCCAUAAGAGAUUCGAAUUCAAAUGCAAAAAUCUGAACUCGCAUGUCCUUUAUUUUGAAUUUCCAGCUCUAAUUGAAUUUCACGAGUUUUGCAGAUCCCUAAUCUAAACUCUGCUUAGUCUGUCAGUGUGAUAAUGUUUAUCCCUGCUUUUUUUUAAUACAGCGACAAUACAACAACGUAAAUGUUCCGUGUUUUAAAUAAGAUUCAUUCGGACCGGUCGGCGUAUUAGUAUUAUCGAUGGUGUCAUUUAGCUGGUUAAAGUCCGUUCGCAAAGUUUUCCAGGCGUCUUCAACACUUUGUCUACUUUACUUAGAACGUCAAACGUUAAUCUGUGCAGUUCAGUUUCUGAUCUUCUGCAAACCAUCAAACUCAGUUUCACUUUCUGGUGGCGGGAUACAGCGUUAUUCAAACGAAUUUCAAUUCAGAUUCAUGCGUUUUUAAAUUUAAACGUUCUAACGGCGUGAACCUCCACACCACAUCACUGGCUCAGACGGUGGACGUCAAUCCUGUCCUCUUCUGUCUUUCCUAAGUCUCCGGAUUGUAGUAUUUUGAAAAUGUAAAUCUGAAUUUGAAAUGGAUUAUGGCAGCAAAUUUAAUUGGGAUUUUCUACACCUGAUUAUUAUUAAAUAAAUAUAUAUAUACUUUAAUUAAUUUUGCAUGCAAACUCAAGCCACAGAAUACAAUGACAGAAACUACAAAACUUCACUUAGAAAUUCAGAUUGUACGGGCACGUUUCUCAGUCCAUCCCUUUCAAGCUAUAGUGCUACUGGGAAAUAACGGAGUGUACCAUUUUUGGCAGCAGGGGUCACUCCGGUUUCCCUUUCUUAUAUGUCUCAGGAACGUUUAGAGACACGAGAGCAGGUGAGAGCAAAAUCCGAACGUGGUAGAUCGUCCACACUACAGCCUGAUCCGGAUCGUGUUUUUACACUCACCAGUUUGGCGAGUUUGGUUCUUUAUCUCGACGUUCUUUCAAAAAAAAAUUCCUUCAUUUAAUUUCCCAAGCAACAGGAACCGUAACCUCAAACAAUAAUGACUACUGUUGUGGAAGUUUCUCGACACAUCCUCUCUGGCAGUAAGAGAAGAUAUCAUGAACGUGCAACCAAGGGGACCAAGUUGCCCUUUUUAAAGCAUGAUUUAGUAUUUUUUGUUUGUUUGUUUGUUUGUUUGUUUGUUUUUUUAGCUGUGGUUAAUUUAUUAUUAACUAAGAUUAACCAAGACUCGCACAAAACAGACUGCUGUGAACGUUAAGCGCAAACGUCCUGUCCAUGUUGCUGCGGAGUAACUCGUUAACGUAAGAUGAACGGAUUUCUACGAACCCCGGGGUAUCGUUAAAAGGGCAUUCUGACGCGUUUCUUACCCACGAGUUUGAGACCAGCUCUCGAGGCGACAGGGUUUAUACACACUCAGUGCUGGUUUUUGGUGACUCGCAACAUUUGUUAUAGAGGAAAGAUGUGUGUGUGUGUGUGUGUGUGUGUGUGUGUGUACCUGCGAUUACGUGUGUGCUUGUGUGUGUGAGUGAUUGUAUGUUACCUUUUUAUAAAGGGUAAGACUGGCCACUUAGUGCGUUGCUCAAAUAAUUACUAAUAAAUCUUGAAUAUUUUUGUCACACCACAAUAAUGGUCACAAUAAUGGUCAGUUCUGUAAUAAGGACUGAUUUGAUAUUUUAAAUUUAGGAGUGCUGACACCCAUUUUACACCGAACAUGUGAUUCCUGUUAGCCGGUCAAAUGCAGUCCCUGAAGUUGCUCACAAUAAACCAUGUUAUUUACUCAGA